AUGGAUGUCAUCUUUGAACCCCAUAGAGGCAGGCCAUUCUCCAUUGAGAUUGGUUUCUUUGACACGGUCUUGGAAAUCAAAGAAAAAGUACAGAAAUAUCAAGGCAUACCAGUACAUAGACAAACCCUAGUCUUAAAUGGCCGGGUUCUUGAAGACGAACGUGAUGUUGAGUACUGCGAAAUCUUCCAAAAUUCUCAUAUUCAACUCUUUAUUGCUCCCGAUAAACCCAACUCACAAUCUCAGCCUCAACUAGUCGAGAAUGAACAAUCUUCACCCUCCAAAAAUAUUCAUCUCCCUCCAGACAUGGAUAUCAAAGAUACAGUUCUACAUUUGAAAAAAAAAGUAAAGACUCAUGAGGUGGAGUCUAUUCCGGUCAACAAGUUAGUAGUUCAAUCAGGUGGUGGUGCAGAAGUGCAGGAUCGUCGAUCGUUAUAUGAGUCUGAAUUGAUGAAUAAUUCAGAGGUAGACGUAAGUGUGAAGCCAUCGCCAACAAGUUCAGGAGGGACUGGGAGCAAGAAAUUGAAGCUAAUGGUUUUACCUAAAUGCGGGACUAGAAAGAUUCCAGUAGAAGUAAAUGCAAGUGAUAAUGUGGGGGAUCUGAGAAAAGAGCUGCAAAAAUUACAGGAAAAUUUUCAUUUUCAUCUUCCGGAAGAAGGGUAUUUCUUCAUUUACAAACAAAACGUGAUGGACGAUGAUAGGUCAUUUCGGUGGCACCAUGUAGGCUCAGGUGAUACAAUUGAGAUCUUUAAUGGAAGUGUUACUGAGUUUUCAAUGGAGGUCAUUAUUGAACCCGAAAGAGGCAGUCCAUUCUCCCUUCAGAUUGGUUUCUUUGACAAAGUCUUGGAAAUCAAAGAAAAAGUAGAGAAAUAUCGAGGCAUACCGGUAAAUAGACAAACACUAAUCCUCAAUGGCAAUGUUCUUCAAGAUGAACGUGAUGUUCAGUAUUGUCAAAUCUUUCAAGAUUCUCACAUUCAACUCCUUGUUGCUCCUGAUCAAUCUGAUAAAUCCCAGUCACAAUCUCAGUCUCAACUAGUCACAAGUGGAGAGACUGAGAGUCACUUUCCUUUCCAAUGUAUAGAAAUUUCAAUGGAUGUCAUCAUUGAACCCGAAAGAGGCAGUCCAUUCUCGAUUGAGAUUGGUUUAUUUGACAGAGUCUUGGAAAUCAAAGAAAAAAUACAGAUAUAUAAAGGUAUACCAGUUCAGAGACAAACCCUAGUCCUCAAUGGUAAUGUUCUUCAAGACGAACGUGAUGUUGCGUAUGUUGAAAUAUUCCAAGAUACUCACAUUCAACUCUUUGUUGCUCCUCAUCAAUCUGAUAAACCGCAGUCACAAUCACAGCCUCAACUAGUCACAAGUGGAAAGAGUGAGAGUCACUCUCCUUUCCUUCGGCUAGAAUUUUCAAUAAAUGUCAUCUUUGAACCCGAAAGAGGCAGUCCAUUCUCCAUUGAGAUUGGUUUCUUUGACACAGUCUUGGAAAUCAAGGAAAAAAUACAGAAAUAUCAAGGCAUACCAAUACAAAGACAAACCCUAGUCCUCAAUGGCAAUGUUCUUCAAGACGAACAUGAUGUUGCGUAUUGUGAUAUCUUCCAAGAUUCUCACAUUCAACUCCUUGUUGCUCCUGAUCAUUCUGAUAAAACCCCGUCACAAUCUCAGCCUCAACUAGUCACGAAUGAACAAUCUUCAUCCUCCAAAAACAUUCAUCCCCCUCCUGACAUGGAUAUCAAUGAUACAAUUCUACAUUUGAAAAAAAAGGGAAAGAUUCAUGAGGUGGAGCCUACUCCGGUCAACAGCUUAGUGGUUCAAUCAAGUGGUGCAGCAUCGUUAGGAGGCUGUGAAUUGAAGGAUAACUCAGAGGUAAAUGUAAAUCUAAUGCCACCGCCUAAAGCUGCCGGUUCAGGAGGGACAUGCAGCAAGAAGUUGAAGGUAAUUGUUUUAACUAGAUGCGAUAAAAAAAUUCCAGUGGAAGUAAAUGCAAGUGAUAAAGUGGAGGAGCUGAGAAAAGAGCUGGAAAAAUUACAGGAAAGAUUUCAUUUUCAACUUCCAGAAGACGGGUAUUUCUUCAUUCACAAACAGACCGUGAUGGACGAUGAUAUGUCAUUUUGGUGGCACCUUGUAAGGUCAGGUGAUACAAUUGAGAUUUUUCCAGGAAGAGUUAGUAGUGCACCCUAA